AUGAUGCUCCUGACUUCCAACGUCGCCGCUGUGCUGGCGCUCUCCGGCAUGACAUCGGCCCACAUGAUCAUGGCCAACCCCAAGCCAUAUGGCUCGCCUGACAACUCUCCUCUCACAUCCAGCAACUACCCUUGCAAGCUCAGCGGGGACGCUGCCACCUUCUACUCAACCGAUGGCCUGUCCAACACGGCCGCCGCUGGAGACUCGGUCAAGAUGUCCUUCACAGGCUCUGCUGUCCACGGCGGUGGCUCUUGCCAGGUGGCUUUGACAACCGACAUGCAGCCCUCCACCUCUACCCGGUGGUCUGUCAUCCUCUCUAUCGAGGGUGGCUGCCCUUCCAAGGACGGAUCCAGCCCCAGUGAAUACGAUGUGAAGAUCCCCGCCGACAUCCCCGCCGGUGACUACUCUUACGCCUGGACAUGGACCAGCAAGCUCAGCGGCCAGCCCGAGUACUACAUGAACUGCGCCCCGCUCACCAUCACGGGUGGUAGUUCCAAGCGCGCCAUGAACAUUCACCAGCGUGCCGACGCCCUCGACGCCUACCCUCCCCUGGCUGUCUACAACCUGGCAGACAUCAACAGCUGCAAAUCCGUCUUGUCUUCCUCCCCACAAUACCCUGUCCCCGGCGACAACGUCGAGAAGCUCGCCGCCUCCGACCCGGCCUUCGCUGACAUCACCGGUGACAGCUGCUUCGCCAAGGGUGUUACCUUCGACGGCUCCUCAAGCAGUGGCAGCUCAUCCGGCAGUGGCAGCAGCAGCGGAAGCAGCAGCUCUGGUUCUGGCUCAGCAACGUCAGCCGCAGCCCCUUCGGCGACUGGAUCACCUUCUGGCUUCGCGACGUCUGUAGCCCCAGCCGCCACCAGUACCGCAUCAGCCGCUGCCGCGUCUCCCACGGGCUCUGGCAGCAGCUCUGGUUCUGGCAGCAGCUCUGGGUCGAGCUCUUCCGGCUCUUCUUCAAGCAGUGGAUCUUGCACAGAGGGCGAAUCCGAGUGCUCGUCUGACGGCACUACCUACAAGACCUGUGUCGCCGGCGGUACAUGGAGUGCCACAAUGUCUGUCGCCGCUGGCACCAAGUGCACACCAGGCACCUCGUCCCAGCUUUCCAUCGUCGCCGCUUCAAAGAAGCGCAGCGGGCUUCCCUUGCUUCUCUGA